CUGAGGCUACUGGCCCCCUCCAAGCCGGAGCUGUGGUCCCCGGGCCAACCCGGCCCCUCCCGGACAUGGAGGACGUGGAGGCGCGCUUCGCGCACCUCCUGCAGCCCAUUCGGGACCUCACCAAGAACUGGGAGGUGGACGUGGCGGCCCAGCUGGGCGAAUAUCUGGAAGAGCUGGACCAGAUCUGCAUCUCUUUUGAUGAAGGCAAAACCACAAUGAACUUCAUUGAGGCUGCACUGCUGAUCCAGGGCUCCGCCUGUGUUUACAGUAAGAAGGUGGAAUACCUCUACUCGCUGGUCUACCAGGCUCUCGAUUUCAUCUCCGGCAAGAAGCGGGCCAAGCAGCUUUCCUCUGCCCAGGAAGACGGGGCCGACGGGGAUGGCAGCUCUAGGGCCCCCAGGGAGGUGGAGGACGAGUUCCUGUUGCUGGAUGACCUCCCCGACUCCCGCACUAACGUGGAUCUGAGGGGUGAUCAGGCCCCCAGUGACACCCUCAUCGUCCCCCUCCUGCCUAUGGCCCUGGUAGCCCCGGAUGAGAUGGAGAAGAACAGUAACCCCCUAUACAGCUGUCAUGGGGAGGUCCUGGCCAGCCGGAAGGAUUUCAGGAUGAAUACGUGCACCCCCCACCCCGGAGGAGCCUUCAUGUUGGAGCCAGGGGUCAUGUCCCCUGUGGAGGCCCUGCUGCCGAGGGACCAGAAGUUGGCUGGGAGGGCUGAGGAGCAGCCAAUGGAAGUCUCUGUGUGCAGAAGUCUGGCCCCUGUACUCAGCAUCUCCCAGGAGCCAGGCACCUCACUGGAAGGCCCAGUGCCUGGAUAUAGGGAUGACGAAGAGGAUGCAGAGGGGGCGGCAGUGCUCCCCGAGGCCGUGGCCCCCGAGGUCCCUAUGGAGCCCCAGGAGCCCAGGAGUCCAGAGCAGGGCAUCACCCAGCCCAGGAAGUGCCUGCUGCGGGAGCCUGCCUCCCGGCUGAAGACUGGGAGAGGGUUCCUGUCUACCAUAUUCUCGUGUCUGCUUGUGCUCUGUGCUCAGGAGACCCCAGACCCCUGGCAGGGCCUGGACCCCUUCGACUCCCUGGACUCUAAGCCCUUCAGGAAAGGUAGGCCCUAUUCCGUGCCCCCCUGUGUGGAGGCGGCUCCGGGACAGAAGCGCAAGAGGAAGGGCACGGCCAAGCUGCAGGACUUCCACCAGUGGUACCUGGCUGCCUAUGCUGACCACGCUGACAGCAGGAGUCCCCGGCGUAAGGGCCCCUCCUUUGCAGACAUGGAGGAUCUGUACUGGAGGCACGUGAAGGAGCAACUGGAGACCCUGCGGAAGCUGCAGAGGAGGGAGGUGGCUGAGCGGUGGCCGCCAAGGACCGAGGAGGGGCUAUGGCCUGCGGAGGAGGACCGCCUGGAGGACUCUUUAGAGGAUCUGGGAGUGGCAGGUGACUUUCUAGAGCCUGAGGAGUAUGCAGAGCCUGAGGGGGCAAAGUCCGAGGAAGAUGGAGACCUAGCUGCCCACUGUCCAGAAGCAGAAGCCAUGCCGGCAUCCCUGAGCUAUGAGGAACUGGUCCGAAGGAAUGUGGAGCUCUUCAUCACCACGUCUCAGAAGUUUGUCCAGGAGACAGAGCUGAGCCAGCGCAUCAGGGAGUGGGAAGACACCAUCCAACCCCUGCUCCAGGAGCAGGAGCAGCACAUGCCUUUUGACAUCCACACCUAUGGGGACCAGGUGGUCUCAAGGUUCAGGCAACUCAACCAGUGGUGUCCCUUUGCGGAGUUGGUGGCCGGGCAGCCUGCCUUCGAGGUGUGUCGCUCCAUGCUGGCCUCCCUGCAGCUGGCCAACGACCACACGGUGGAGAUCACCCAGCAGCCGGGGCUGGAAGCAGCUGUGGACACCAUGUCCCUGAGACUGCUCACAUAUCAGCGGGCCCACAAGCGCUUCCAGACGUAUGCCGCCCCCUCCAUGGCCCAGCCCUGAGUAGGGAGCACUGAGACCAUGAGUGGGCCUUGGAGCCCUGUCCGCCACGGUGCUGGGCAUGCAUCUGCUCACCUCGCCUUGCUUCCUGGCUGGCCC